CAGAAAAGAUGUAAUUUCAAUAGAUGCCUGUUUUUAUGCUCAAUCAAAGCACAUGCACAUUAGUUUAUGUAGCCUAGGUGGUCUGUCAUUUGCUGUGGUGGGCAAUACAAUUCACAGCAGAAUUCAGCAUGGACAGCUUCCCUGACCUCCAUAAUUACUGUCACUUCCUUGGAUUCGCCACACAGCGUCGUUGCUCGGCGGAGGUCACCGCAAGUCAAGUGGCGGUACAGUCAGUGAGGGCGAAGCAUCCAUCUCUGACUUGGUAUCAGAAGUUCCAUGCGGCAGUAGUUGCUAGAUGCUCAUAAAAAGAGAACGGUUUGCCGUUACCAUGCAGCGUAACCAUCGCAACAACAUCCUGGUUACUUCAUGUCUGAAGACGCCUGUGGACCCUUUCACCAAGGCACCCGUGGCUCUGUAUGAACGGGAGAGAACUCUGCCGUACGCGACGAGGACUCAAAUGGAUAACAGAGAUUAUGAAAAAGAGCUGGAGUACGACUAUGACUUCGACGACUCAGAAGAUGACCAACACCAACAUCACCACCACCACCAUCCCAACCAACAUCAACACCAACAUCACCCACACCAACAACAGCAUGCAUCUCCCCGCGGUGACCAUGAGCACCACCAUCAUCACCACGGCUCCCCAGAGAAAGGUACCACCAACCCCACCACCACCGCCACUGCCGCCACCAAGAACCCUGUCCUGAUCAAGGACUACCGGGUGACCGGGGACCACAUCGACCUGCGCGAGUUCUACUUCUCCAACGAGGAGUACUACAGGAAGCUGGAACAGCUGAAGCAGGCCCACCUGCACACCAUGGCCCAGCUGGAGGGCAUGUACCGCGAGAAGCUGCAGCUCAAGACGCCCCCCCCGCAUGGCCGCCGGCCGCCGCAUGGAGGAGGACCGCGCACUCAACAGUUACAGUUGGGCGGCAUCAGCCUGAUGCCUCCAUCGGCGUGUCAGCUGAAGAAGUCCCACUCGGCCCACGAGCUGAACAGAAUCUCACGAGUGUCCGACGUAUCCGAUCACGACGAUGACGAUGAUGAAGAUGCCAACGACGACGAUGAGGAUGAACAAGACGAGAACGAGAACCGGCCAGAGAAGGGUCUUCAGCAGUCGCCCAAGGAGCGCAUCAGGAACAUGUGGCAGAACUUUGCUGUUGAAGACGAGCCUCACCGUCGCCACCACCGUCAUCAUCAUCAUCAUCCCCAUCACCAUGACCACCAUCACCAUCAUCAUCAUCAUCAGGACAGUCAGCACCUUCACCCUCCCCAUCACGCAUCCUCCCCGUCGCUCCACGUCCAGACUAUGGAAGACCCUUACCAGCACAGUCCUGACCAACAGACACAAAGCCAGGUCAAAGUUCAAAGUCACAAAAAGGCCAAAAAGAAGAAGAAGAAGGCGACGAUGACGACGGUGACACCGACAGACCACGAGGGUGACGCCAGUGACAAGUGCCGGCCGCGCGUGACCAUGCCCGAGCCCUUCAACAUGACGCUGCGCGAGGCCAGCCGCAAGCGGCGGGGCGUCAAGACGCGCUCGGAGGUGGAGCGCGAGAACGAGGAGCUGCGGCGGCAGCUUGAGGAGCUGACGGAGUGCCAGCGCCAGUUCCGGGCCAGCCCCGUGCCGGCGCACGUCCGGCAGCCGCUCUACGAGAAGCUACGGCAGCAGCAGGAGGACAAACGGCGCCGCGCCAAGUCCGGGGAGCGCCAGGUACACGGGGGAGGAGCUGGAGCUGGCGAUCCAUCAGCUUCGCCUACACAGCCGUUCAGCUUCAUGGAGCGCGAGCGCCAGAGACGGGAGCACAGCGAGGAGCGCUUGCGGCAGCUGGCCGAGCAGGAGGCCGACGAGGAGUGCCAGAGGACCCGGUUCCGGGCCAAGCCCGUGCCUCGUGCGGUGCGCGAGGUGACCGCCGCCGGCGAGCGCCAGAAAGAGGAGCAGCUGUACCGCGCCAUCAAGGCUCAGAUGAGGGCCCGAGAGCUGCUGCACAGCUCCGCCAUGCCCCCCAGCAUGCUCACACGCCGCCUGGAGGAACGCAAGCAGAAGGAGCGCCAGGAGGAGGAGCGGGAGAGAGCGAGGCACCGGCCCAAGAUCAUCAGCGAGGUGCCGGACUUCGACGCCAGCUACCGGAGGUUCCAGAAGCAGCUGGAGAAGUCCAAGCGCGAGGUGCGGCCGCUGACGGCCUGCGAGCCGUUCCACCUGCGCACGGCGGAGAUUCCCUCGCGCCGUCUGCUGCGCUCGGCCAUGGGCGGCGUGGCCGGGAGCGAAGUGGACGCCAGUCCCAGAGACUACCGCUGGCCGUUCCUGUCCUCCCCGCCUGCCCCGGCGUCUCCUCGCUCCCCGCGACGCGCUCCUUCUAAUCCUGGUGGUGGCGGCUCUUCUCACCACCGCGCAUCUCUGUCCAGUCUCAACUCCUCGCUGUCGGGCAGUCAGGAGAUGCUCUCGGCCAAAAUCACAGACGCGUCUCGCAAGAGGCAAGAAGCCAUCAGGAAGGGCCUGGAGGAGAGGCAGAAGGCGGAGGAGGAGGAGAGGAAGUGGCAGGAGAGGCAGCGGGAGCGUCUGCGGAGGCUUCAGAAGGUCAUCAGCCGCCGAGCGCAGGCCAGCGACCCGCACCUCAGCCUGGCCCAGAGCUACCCCAUCAAGCUGCAAGAGUUCAGGAAGCAGGACCAGCAGCGGAGGAGAGAGUACCGUGAGGAGAUGAAGGAGAUCCAGGAGAGAGUCAAGGACAGACCCCUACUACUGGAACAAGUCACACGGAACAAUGCAAAGCUGGCGGCAGAGAGGCGCUACGCGGACGCCCUGAAGGCCUGUGGGCUGACCGAGGAGUUUGUGCGGGAGAAGGCCCUGAAGUGCAAACAAGUCAGACGCUCUCGCAGCGAGUCGCCCUCUCUACUGUCCUACCAGGGGGACAACACCAGACCACGGGUUAAGGAUACGCUGCUCCUGUCCGACAGCGUGAGUCUGGAUGGAACAGGUCAUGACUACCAAGACGACUAUGAAGAGUAUGACCAGGAGCAGGAGGAAGAGGAGCAAGAUGAGGAA